AAAAACGGUCACGACGCAGAGCGGCCUCACGCGCCCCUCCCACCAUCCGCUGCGGUUAUAACGGGAGCGCGCCGGCCGGAGGGCGAGCACUCGUGCAGCCGGUGAAUAAAGCGCGUGAGAGAAAGAGAGAUGUACUGGGACACUAUCAUCAAACCUGGAGACAGAAGCUCAGACGGCAGGGACUCAAAAAUAAAGAUGGAGAUUUGCCAGACUGGAUAUUACACGGAAGACUUCAGGACGCAGGAAGUGCCGGCCGGCUUUGACUUUGCAUCUUAUGACUACCCUGGUGAAGACCUGUCUUUUCUGUUAGACAGUAAAGCGCCCGCGCAACAGCAGCAGCAGCAGCAGCAGCAGUAUGUGGCAGAGAGCAGCUACCCGGAGCCACCCAAAGCUUCUCACCCGUACGACAUUAAAGCGAGCAGCGACGACACCUGCCUCUUCAACCUGGACUCCUACCAGGAGUUCAACUGGUGGGCCUCCUGCUCGCACGACGGGCUGACGGUGGACCAGUCGCCAACUGGGUACCAGGAGCCCCCGCAGACGUACCAGAGCCUGGUGCCCCUCAACGGGCAGUUCAGCCCGGCGGUGGAGGGCAGCCACAGCCCCUUCGUGAGCGCGGAAGGCCCCAGUACGUUACAGGGUGAGACCGAGCCCAGCUACUCGCGUCACUCGGCUGAGCUGUACGACUCGGACGGGCAGAGGCAGCCCUCGUCCCUCUGGCCCGAGUACUCCUGUCCGGGCUUCACCGCCCCCACUCCCCACCCGCCUCCGGCCCCCGGCCCCCAGGCCUCGGAGCAGUACUGCCCCCGUGUGGUCAAACGCAAGGGCGCACACCCCCAGCGGCCAGACAGGGAGGGCCACAUGCCGGGAAUGUCCACCUAUCCAGGUUCCGGUCCAAUCCAGCUGUGGCAGUUUUUACUGGAGCUUCUUCUGGACUCAGCCUGUCGCACCUUCAUCUCCUGGACCGGAGACGGGUGGGAGUUUAAGAUGUCCGACCCCUCGGAGGUGGCCAAGCGCUGGGGCCAGUGCAAGAACAAACCCAAGAUGAACUACGAGAAGCUGAGCCGCGGCCUACGUUACUACUACCACAAGAACAUCAUCCACAAGACGGCGGGCAAGCGCUACGUCUACCGCUUCGUCUGCGACAUACAGGGCAUGCUGGGAAAGACGGCACAGGAGGUGUUGACCAGCCUGAACGUUCUGCCCACCAACACGGAGGCGUGGCAGCCCUGCACCGGGGGGGCGGCGGUGGUAUCGGAGCAAACCAGCGAAACAUGGGCGUCCCAGUAGGAAAAAGGCUUAGCAGGACUUAUGGGGCUGCCCUUGAGUACCAGGAGUGCCAGGGACACCAGGUAAUCCAGGCGUACCAGGGACACCUGGGGGUACCCAGGCCCACGGGCCUACAAAGGGAACCGCUGCCUCUUCCAGCGUUGGCAGAGCUGCGGUGUUGGCACGUGUGAUGAUCCAGCCGCUUCAUGCACGCUGCAUUUCAGGGAAUCAAAUAAUCAGAAAAAAAUCACGUUAAGUAUUUUCUUAAAUCAUGGAUCACACAGAAACACACGGCACCUCAGACCUAAGUAACUGUGGCACAGGGGCAUUUAAAGCAUGAUACAGAGAUUCUUCUUUUGCAACGUCAGAGGCCAUAUUUUGUCUCUAAGAUGGAACCGAUUUGUAGAUAGUGUUUAUAUGAACGCGUUGUAGAUUUUUGUGCAUUUAUAUUAAUAAUUUUGUGAUACAGAACUCAACUCAUGUCUACCUCUGUUGCUAGUCAGAAUAACAAAAACCUGAGCUUUUUCCAGGCAAGCACUGUGAACGUUUUAGCCUGUGUGAUGAUUUGUAAAUAAACUGUAUAUAAACAUAGGAUUGUGUGAUGAGUAUCAUUCAUAAGAAAUGCAUUGAUAAUGAGAAAAAAUUAGCAGCCUCUUCCGGAUCUAUGGCUGCCUUCAUGUGCUGUGAGUUGGAGGUAUGGAGUUUAGACCAUAUGUGGUACUCAUAUAAUAUACGUAUAUAUAUUUGUAUAAUUUAGAGUAAGACUUAUGCAUGAUAAGAGUGUGAA